AUAUGUAUGCUGUUUCUCAACCAUCCCGGGGCCAGCGCUAGAUUUGAUGGGAUUUUCCUUCAGGGGUCCAAAGCCGAUGCUACGGCAACCAUUCAGAUCACCAACGUGGGUCGACGCCAAAAGUUAGUAAGUUCCAUCUCGGACUCUGUGCCAAAGAACUGCAAACACCGUGACAACAACAACCAUCGCCAUCGACUAGCUGAAGGCGAUCAUCAUUAAGCCCACCAGGCUACAGGAAGGGCAGCCGACUACUCUCACACCCAAGCGCACUGCAAAACAUAGGGAGAAUCUACCUAUCUAAUACCAAAGCCAUGCCAUUCCUCAAGCCAGCCCUACUACUGCACCUCAUAAUCGAAACGCCCGCGUCUCUCUCCUUCCUCCUGGCGCCCACCGCCCAACUGCCGGGCGCUUCCCCCGAGGCAAGGCUCAUCCUGCGCAACUUUGGGGGCCUGCACCUCGCGACCAACCUGCUCUGUCUCGUUUUCCUGCUCCGCAAGCCCACGGCGGCCGGGAACGAUGGCGGCGACAUGGAGCAGCUCACGGCAAUGAGCUGUGUGUGUCUGGCGACCUACCAUGUCUGGCCCCUCUACCGCGCCUGGGCGCGCAUGACGGGGUAUGGGGGAAUUAAUGUGGGGAGGAAGCAGAAGAAGGUGCUGGGCGGGCCAGCGGUGCAUCUCGUGGUUCACGUGGCGUGUUUGGCUGCGCUUUUGGGCGGUGGGUUGGUGACGUUGAUGGGUCAUUGAACCGAUGGGGGGUUAGCAGAAGGUCGGGAAUGAUGGUAUUCUGUGUAAGUAUGUAUUGUAUCCAGCGGCGAGCCGACGGCAAGCUGUACGCUAGCUGCGGAACAGCUUGAGGCCUGCCUCCU